AUGCUGUUAUGCCUUUCCACUCGGCUGUUCCCAUUUAUUCGGGGCGAGUCAACGAUCUAUGACUUCGACCCGUACUUCAACCACCGCGCAACCAAGUUCCUUGCCAAGGAGGGCUUCAGCGAGUUCUGGAAUUGGUACGAUGAUGGUGAGCCUCUGCGCCCUUCACUCUGUUUAGGGAGCCCCCACCCUAAUCAACCUCAAGUUGGUAUCCACUUGGACGGCCAUCAGGGCAAACUCUUUUCCCAGGACUGA